AUGUGUACGUUUUCUAGAAGACAAGAAUUGUGUCAUUCCUUGAAUAUGGCUCUUAGAUUUUUAUCUAAUUCAAAACAACUUUUAGCAAUUAGGAAUGCUCAUGCAUUUGCUCCAAAUUCAGCUGAUGUUUUGUCAUCAUCUAAUGUUACUGAAUCUACAACAUUAAAAAAUGGAAUUAAGGUCGCUGUUAAUAAUAAUGGACGUCCAAUGACAACUGUUGGUGUUUGGAUUGAUUCAGGAUCACGUUAUGAAACUGAAGAAAAUAAUGGAGUUGCUAAUUUAGUUGAACAUCUUCUUUACAAAGGAACUAACAAAAGAUCACAAGUUCAAUUAGAGACAGAAUUAGGUAAGAUUGGUGCUAGAUUAUCAUCUGUAACUAGUAGAGAACAUACUGCCUAUUUUGCUCAAGCUCCAUCAGGAAAAGUUGAACAAGUUGUUGAAAUAUUAGCUGAUGUUUUACGAAACUCUAAAUUUAGUGAAUCUAAUAUUGAAAAAGAGAAACAAAUUUUGUUAAAUAAGUUGGAUGAAGUUGAGAAUGAUUAUCAAGAGGUAGUUUUUGAUAACCUUCAUGCUACAGCUUUCCAAGGAACACCAUUGGCUAAGAGUAUUUAUGGAACUACAGAGACAAUUCAAAAUCUUUCACGUAAUGAUGUUCUUAAUUUUAUUGAUGAUCAUUACAAACCUGUUCGUAUGGCCAUCUCUGCUGUAGGGGGCGUUAAUACUGAUACAAUUGUUAACCUUUCAGAAAAAUAUUUUGGUGACCUUAAAAAUGAAUACAAACGUAAAAUUCCAAAUAAUUAUGGAACUCGUUUUACUGGAUCUGAAUAUCGUUAUCGUAAUGAUUACAUUCCAUACAUGUAUGGUGCAUAUGCUGUUGAAGGUGUCGGUGCUUCAUCAAAAGAUGCUCUUCCUCUUAAAAUUGCUUCUUCAUGUGUAGGACAAUGGGAUAAAACUUAUGGAGCAUUACAAAAUUCACCAUCAACAUUAAUUCAAAAAAUGUCUACAAAGGGACAUAUUCAAUUAUUCAACUCAUUUAGCAUCAACUAUCGUGAUACUGGCCUUUUUGGAUUUUAUUUUGUACACGAAGGUAAUGAUUUGGAUGAUGUAACAAAUGCCGUUCGUGUUAUUCAAAGAGAAUGGAAACGUAUUUGUACCUCAGCUACUGAAGAUGAUUUCCAUCGUGCAAAACAAGCAUUGAAAACACAAAUUUUUACUUCAUAUGCAACUAGUCUUGGGUUAGCUGAAAAGAAUGCUAAAGAUUUGUUGAAUAAGGGUGAGGUUCAACAACUUUCUGAUUUAAUGAAUGAAAUUAACCAAAUCAGCUGCGAAACAAUACGAGAUGCCGUUACCAGAAAUGUUUAUGAUCGCGACUUUGCUUCUGCUGCAGUUGGAAAGACUGAGGCUUGGCCAGAUUACCAACAUAUUAGAUAUGGAAUGUCAUGGUGGAGAUUGUAA